UAGAAAAAGAAAACGUCUGCCGUAGCUGUAUGAACAGCUGAAUGCUCCUACUUUAAGUGAUGCCUUGCGCAUCACAAUUACUCACACACAGCUCUGCAUCGGACCGUGAUCUGACUUUUGUGCUCGCGCGAAUGUGAGCCGCCGCAGUAGCUGAUGAAAGCUGAAUUCCCGGGCGACACCUGCCCCCUGCUGAGGCCCACCAUUUGUUUGACCUGACAGAUGGAGAUCAGACUGAAGAGAGAUGAGUGGGAACCCACCGAGCACGCUCAGGUUUCUUGGUGCCGUGAAAAGAUUUGUCCCGUCCAUUCAGAUCCGAUGGAGUUUCCCAUGUUCCGCGCCGCACCGGCUUUUUGUCAGACUAUCUUUCUCAUCUCCGCGUGCACAAGAGAGAUACAGCGUAAGGCUGACGUCGGGGGUUCAGUUUGGCUUCCUGGGUGCCCACCACAAACCGUGGUGUCCCCCCGGUUUGGAGGUUGCUUUCUCGUCACAAAUCCGCAGGAAGACGACGGUUCCGGCCAAUUACCUUGGAAAAAGACUGGAGACAGUGUUGAACCCCCGCCCCUGACGAUGAUCCCGGGCAAACCUCUGUCAGGCGCCAGAAUGGCACAGACCUGCUUCCUCCUCCUGUUAAUUGGGAACGCCAUCUCGGUUUCCACGCAGUUUAACGGAUACAACUGUGACGCCAACUACCACAGCAGGUUUCCUGCCGAGCGAGACAUCAGCAUUUACUGCGGGGUCCAAACCAUCACCCUGAAGAUCAAUUUCUGUCCCGUGCUCUACUCGGGCUACACAGCCGCAGACCUGGCCCUGAACGGCCAGCACGGCGACGCUCAGUGCCGCGGCUUUGUCAACAACAACACGUUCCCCACCGCCGUCCUGUUCAGCAUCAGCCUCAGCACUCUGGAGGCCUGCGGCAACAGCCUGGUGGUCAGCACAGCUCACGGGGUCAACGCCUACGGGAACAUGUCUCUGGUGCAAAUUGGGAAUAUCUCAGGAUACAUCGACACCCCCGACCCGCCGACUAUAAUCAGCUACCUGCCUGGUUUGCAGUACAAGUUCAGCUGCAGCUACCCGUUAGAGUACCUGGUCAAUAACUCACAGCUGGCGUCCUCGUCUGCCGCCGUGUCAGUGAAGGACAGCAACGGCACGUUUGUUAGCACGCUCAGUAUGAUCCUGUACAAUGACUCUACGUACAGUCAGCCCCUGUCGAUCCCAAUGACCGGCCUUGCUCUGAAAACCAGAGUGUUUGCUGCUGUAAAAGCUACCAACUUAGACAAACGAUGGAAUAUCUUGAUGGACUACUGUUACACCACCCCCUCAGGGAAUCCUAAUGAUGAACUCCGCUAUGACCUUUUCUUCGGAUGCUCCAAAGAUCCACAGACGACCGUUUUCGAGAACGGGAAGAGUCAGAUGGGGCGUUUCUCCUUCGAGGUCUUCCGAUUCGUGAAGCACAGACACCAGAAGAUGUCCACCGUGUUUCUGCACUGUGUCACCAAGCUUUGCAGGGCGGAUGACUGCAUCAUGCUCAUCCCGAUUUGUGGGCGACGGCGCAGGAGGGAUGGAGAGCAGAGCCUUGAUUCCCGGCCAGUGGCGUCUGGGAGCGCCGUUAUCACGGCCGGUCCAAUCAUCACAAGGAGUGAUGAAACACCUGUCAACAACUCUCAACUUGCAAUUGGCAACUCCUCCCGGCCAUUAAACGCUUUGACCAUCGCUCUGAUCUCGGGUGUGGCCAUACUGGGCGGAGUCUGUGUUGGCUUCCUGGUUUUGUCGCUCCGCCUCCUGCAAAAGUCCCGCCUCCCGACAGCUGCAGCCUCUGGUGUUUGGAAUCCCAGCUUUAAUUGAGUUUGACUGCAUUUUUUUUGUUAGUUUUUCUAGUCUCUUCAGAGCAUUGCAUACUUUGAUACAUUCAUACCUACUUUUUAUAUACGUAUACCAUGUUUUGGGUAUUUAUUGACUUCAAUACCUCAUUUUCUUUUUUUCUUUUUUUGGGUAUGUCAGUAGUUGACGACAAUCUUAAAUGUUAGGAAAAUAGAAAGGAACAACUUGGGUAGUUUUCGCAAAUAUUUUUGGUUUAUUUUAACUUUCCGGUCAUUCAGUGGACAAAUUGUUGCAUUUUAAAAAGAUAAUAUGUCUUAAAAUUACCAAUGAAUAUUAUGCUGGAUACUGUAUAAGCCAAUGAGUGACUAUAAAAUGGAUUCACACUUGAUCAUCUUCACAUUUGUCAUGUUACAUCUACAAACAUCAACGUAUUUUGUUGGUAUUUAAUUUUUUAUAAUAUACGACACUUGUCGGUUUUAUAACUACAUUUUAGAAGUAAUUGCAUUGUCUUUUGUACAAUCCCAAUAACAUAUAUUCAGGUUUAUGAUUAUAACUUCACAUUUGAAAAGUUUGAGAGAUAUGAACACUUUUUUUGCCAUACACCAUA